AUGCGCUGUAAGUAUCGAGCGGUGUAAUCGUUACCUAAACAACGUACGCUGGUAAAUUGAUUUAUACUAUGGGGGGCCAGGUGUCCUUUGAUGAGAAGGUUCAUGUGGUGAUUGUUGGUGGGGGGUUUGGUGGAAUUGCAGCUGCCCAGCACCUCAAAAGUCAAGGGGUUCCCUUUAUUCUGAUUAACCCAUUAGACGCGUUUCAUCACAACAUUGCAUCACUUCGUGCUUCAGUUCAAAGUGGUUUUGCCCAGAAAACCUUUAUUCAGUACAAAAAAACAUUUGGACUGAAUUUCCUUCAGGGGCGUGUCACACGAAUAGACACCACAGAAAAAAUUGUUGUGCUUGAUAAUGGAAAGGAAGUAAGAUAUUCACAUCUCAUCCUCUGCACUGGGUCAGAUGGACCUUUCCCCGGGAAGUGCAACAUUGUGGAUUCCCACCAGAAAGCGAUUGAGAAGUAUGAAGAUAUUGUGAAAGAGAUCCAGGCAGCUGAAUCAGUGCUUGUGAUUGGUGGUGGAGCCACUGGGGUGGAAAUGGCUGCUGAGAUCCGGACAGAAUAUCCAAACAAGAAGGUAAUUCUUAUUCACUCACGUGAUGCUCUAGCUGAUUCAGAGCUGCUCCCCAGUGUAAGAGAAGAGGCCAGAAAGGUACUGCUGGAUAAAGGGGUGGAAUUAUUUCUAGAACAGAAAGUUUCAAACCUUGAUGAGCUGGAACUGAAUGUGACACUGAACGGCAGAGUGGUGAAGACGGAUAAGAACAAGCAGUUUACUGUUGACCUUAUUAUAUGCUGUACAGGGAUCAAGAUCAAUUCAGAUGCGUACAAGUCCAGUCUUGAUGGGUGUCUAGCAGAGAAUGGAGCCCUGAAUGUGAAUAAGCACUUGCAGGUGGAGGGCUUUGACAACAUAUAUGCGGUUGGAGACUGUGCUAAUAUAAAUGAACCCAAGAUGGCUUAUCAUGCUGGUCUCCAUGCUGGGGUGGCUGUGAGAAAUAUUAUUAACAGCUUGACUGGAAAAGCAUUGACCUCAUACAACACGGGAAAUGUGACAAUGAUAUUGGCCAUGGGUAGAGAUGAUGGUGUGGGCCAAUUUAAUGGUUAUAAACUGCCUCGCUUCUUAGUCACCAAGGGAAAGAGUGAGAGUCUACUACUCUGGAAGAGCUGGAGGGAAAUGGGACAGAAAGCUCCCAGCUAGUAGGUAUCCACAUGCCCUGUUAUUGUGCCAUACACAAAGAAAGAUGCAUCUACUUCUAUGAUCUUGCAUUAUAAUGUAUUGGGGAUAAGGGGGAUGUAUGUUAAUCAAGCCAACUGUACAAAUAUAACUGAAUAACUGUUAAAAUAAAUCCAGAUAACAUUGGAACUUUUGUUUUGUUAUAUACCGAAUACAUUUGGAUUUGAGGUUAAAAGAUAAAAAUUGCAUGAUGGAUCAGCAUUUCAGCUUUCAUUUUCUGAUAUUAACAUCUAGAUGUGUUAAACAACGUAGAACAUGGAACUUUUUUGUUUUUCGAUUACCAGGUGAUAAAAAUAUUUUAACAUGACAAACCUGGAAAACCACAAAAGAAUACUGCCAUGUUUUGUUGAUGUCAGUGGGUUGCUGAAUUUAUGCAGUUAUUGCAAACAGGGGAUAUGUGUUGGUAACUUUAAUUUACUUUAAUUGACUAUUUUCCAACACUGUUCUAAUAAUUACCUAACAUCGGGUGGUCUACGAAAAAGGUGCCAUGUUCUUAGCUGUUUAACACACAUGUAUGCAAAUUUAAGAAAAUAAAAGCGGAGAUUCUUCUUCUCUAUCACCUUCUCUUAAACUUUUGAUCUCAAACCUAAUGUCUUCAGUGUAAAACAAAAAAAAUUGUCCUUGAUGAUUGGUGAUUGGUGUUCCAGUAUGUUUUUAGGAGAAUGUAACUAAUGAUUAACCAAAAAUCCCAUAAAUUCCUGUUUCAUGUAUUCUUUGAUGCUGGAUGCUGGAAGAUAAAUUGUCCCUUAAAUAAUUAUAUUUCUAAUAAAAUAUAGUAUGCAUUUAUUGUUAAAGAUG